UGUCUGUUUUCUUCUCCACUUCUCGAAGAGCAAACAUCUCUCUCUCUCUCUCUGUUUUUGUGUGUACGAGAAGGCAAUUGCUUUUACUUUCUUCCCCCUCUCGCGUCUUUACCUGUUCAAGCAAAAACCCUAAGCGGCUCCCUACCCGUCUCUCGUGCUUGCCCUCCGAUCUUGAAUUGAGAAGGGAUUCGCCCAAAUUUGCUCCAAUUUCGAAUCUUUCUGCCGAAAAUGGGAUCCGGGUCCGGGAUUGCGAGCUUGCUCAAGCUGCUGUUUCAGAACUUCGAUGUUUUCGCCGGGCCUGUCGUGAGUCUCGUCUAUCCACUGUAUGCUUCGAUUAGGGCAAUUGAGACCAAGUCCCCUGUGGACGAUCAGCAAUGGCUUACUUAUUGGGUUCUUCAUUCUCUGAUCACGCUCUUCGAGCUGACAUUCUACAAAGUCCUUGAAUGGAUUCCGAUAUGGCCCUACGCGAAGCUAGUGCUGACUUGUUGGUUGGUCAUUCCGUACUUCAGCGGAGCUGCCUAUGUUUAUGAGCACUUCGUGAGGCCGAUAUAUGUGAAUCCCCAGGAGACCAUCAAUAUCUGGUACAUCCCCAGGAAGAAGGAUUUCUUCAGUAAACCUGACGACAUCUUAACCGCUGCUGAGAAGUACAUUGAAGAAAACGGGUCUGAAGAGUUUGAGAAGCUUAUUCACAGGGCGGACCGGACAAGGAGGAGUGGAGGGUAUGCCAUCUUUGAUGACGAAUAUAGACACUGAUCUUAUGUCUCUGCAUACGUAGCUGUCCCUCUCGGUAGUAUUUAAGAAGUUAACUCUUCGGGAUUUAUCUCUUCUUUAGUAUCUGUUGUGAUCUGCUUCCUCUUUUCUCAGUGUCUCCCUCUGUUUUGUGAUGUAAAUAUUGGGCUAAGCUGAGUUCUUUCUUUGAUGUGGAUAACUGGAUAUACAUAUAUAUGUGAGAGCUCCUCUUCAAGUUAAAAGCCACUUCUUGGACCGUCA